GGAGAUGAAUUUGUUCCAUGGCAUAUCUCACUCAGAAUCAUGAAUCGCAGGGCGACAAUAGUGGAUUAUCUGUGGCAACGCUAUGAACCCUGGGAUUUGUAUGACGUCUUCAAUAGAGAUCGAAUUUAUAUUGAUGAUAAUAUGAAAGUGAAGUUUGCAGAGUAUGGACGUGCCAAUUUUCUCUCAAAUUCUGCUACUCGUGUCUCUACUGGUUAUAUGCCUCCUGAAUAUUUCCGUAGUAGGAGAUUCACUGCGAAGACCUAUGCUUAUUCUUUUGGUGUAUUCGUUUUGGAGGAAAUUACAGGGAAACAACAUGAUGAUAUCAGUUUCAAUGGCAACUCUAACAUAGUUCAAUGGGCGGUACCUCAGCUCCGAAAAAGUUUGUCCAGCGGCAACUACGAUUUUAUUGAUAAAAGAUUGCAGGGCUAUAACAACAAUGAAAUGAAGCAAGUGAUAGCUUGUGCUUUAGCAUGUUUAAAUGAUAAUCCAGAUGAUCGACCACAAAUGAAUGAGAUAGUUGAAACUUUAGAAGGAAAUAUUCAAGUUGUAGAAAGAUAUAUUUCUCUAGAAGAUCUAUGGAAAAGGGAACAAGAGCUAAGCCGUCGACAGUAAAUCAUCAUAUUCUACAGCAAGCCGACAACUGUUAAGGUCAUUUCAGCCUCGCCCAAGCGUGCGAUUUGGCAGGAUAAGCCUUGCCUCAAGCAAGUUGAGCCAAGCCUAAGGACAAGGUCUGCCUAGUCCUACGAAAAUUUUCACUUACUGAUUCUUAGGUCACUUCCAGACAACAAGAAAAGCCAGCACUAUGACAAUUGGAUUCAGAUCAACAUCACAAUUUUAGAGGGCGUGGUCCUGAUUUGGUUGAUGAGAAUACUUGUCCCUUCUUUUCUACUGAUCGCAGAAUGAAUGAUUUUGAAGUGAGGAAGGCAGCAGACAGGGAGAAAAGUGACAAUAACUCUGUACUGUCGAAAUGCUCUUCUGCUAGGAGGCAACGAAAUUGGUCUUUCUAUUGAUAAGUAAGUGUUGUAUUCAAUUAUGCAUUGUGCAUAUGUAAUUAUUGAUUUUUCUAUUAAUGAAAUUAACUAUUGUACAUAA